AUGACACCAUCGGAAGAACUUGCGGCGUCCCGUGUUCGCGUCGGUCGGCUGCUGGCAGCUGACGGCGAUCACGGGUACGGAGUGAAGGCUUGGUGGGUCGGCACCUUCCUCGACGACGAAGAGAUGUUCACGCCAUUCGAGAACAUGUUUGACAUACCAACACCACCACCAUCAUCGCCCUCUCCGGCCGUCGCCGCCCCCGCCUCCACCACACCAACACCACCACCACCACCACCACCAUCACCAACCCAUCCCUCUUCGCCCUCCUCCUCCGCACCAACAAUCACGCCUUCGCUGGCCCAGCUGGCAGCCCACAUCAAUCAGCUGCCAAAGCUCAAGGGCGGCCUCCCGUCGCGCAACAAGCUGCGCAAAGAUGACGUUCUCCGCGGUGAGGUCAACCGCAAGACGGGUUAUCUGCGGCUGCAGCAGCGCGGCGGGAGGUUGCGAGGCAGGAGAGGCGACCGGCGGUUGUUCGACGAGAAGAUGUGGGCCCGGCUGUGCGACAGUCAGAAGCAAGAAGAAGAAGAGGGUGAAGCUGAAGUUGAAGCUGAAGAAGUAGUAGAAGGAGAAGAAGAAGAAGUGGCCGUGACUGACGAAGACAGCGCCCUGGGAAGGCGGCUGCAGAGAGAAGAGAGGGGUCUCCGUUCUCGACGGUAG